AUAAAAUUAACUUUGAUGAUAAUGUUGAAAGUAAUGAAAUAAUGAACAACCAAGUAAAAGAGAAAGAAAAUCAUUUGGAAGGCUACAGAAAAGUACACAAAGGAGUAUAUGAGGAAGUACAAUGGAAAGACUACAAGAAAGAAAAUAAUGAUAAAUCAACUAGACAAACAACUAAGAAAGAUGAUGAGGUGCCUAAACCACUAGUAACAGUUGCUGAAGUAUAUAGUGCAAUGAAAAUUAUUGUUUGCUAUAAAGAGCAGGAAAAUUCAGAAUCAAAUCUGUCAUUAAAAGAAUUAGAGUUUUUAAAAAAAUUAUUCAAAAAGUAUAACCAUGUAAAUAAAAAGUCAAAAAAGCAAUCAAGGAUUACUAGUUUUUUUACUUCUCAGGAUUCAUACUCCAAUGACUUAUAUCUACAGAACUUCUAUCUCCAAGAUUCAUAUCCUCAAGAUCCAUCUCAAGAUCUAUACUCCCAAGACUCGUAUCCUCAAAAUUCAUAUCUUAUGACUCAUAUUCUCUAG